AUGUCCGACUCACACACUCCCGACAACAACCCCAGUCCCGAGGACCUUGCCAUCAGUGUUGGCGAAGUUGCCCUGUCCUCUUACAGCCCUGCGGCACUCACCCAUCUUCCACAGCCCAGGCCUGCCGACUUGCCGCCAGAUCUAGACUCGAGCGUCUUUACAUUCCAAGAUGCUUUUGAGGACCUACUCGCCGUCUCCCAGGGCAAUUCUCUACCCGAUAUAAAUGCGCGCUACCAGCACAGCCGUAUGCUGCGUCAAAUGUACCCGUACGGUGAGCCCACCUGGCUCUGGAUAAACCGCUUGCAGUCACAGGGCCUCAUCCGCCCGCCCCGAGGGUCCCAUAUUAUUCGUGCGUCGCGAACAGGCUGGGACGAACUACAAAAAGGCUUAGAGCAAGGUGCGGAAGAGCUUUGGCGUGGCUUUGGAGACGAUCCCAAAAGUCGAGAUGCUGUUGCCGAGGCUGGAAACAUUUUUCGAGAGCUUCUCAAUCAGUUUUCUGGCGCCGUGAAUUCGGCAUCUAGUUCUCGUGAUGAGCAGAGUAAUAAAAAUGGGGAGCCUGGCCAUUUUGAUGACCUCUAUUCAGCAGUCAAAUCAACCUAUGCUGAUGGCCAAGGUGCAUGGGAUGCCUUCAAAAAGACCAUUAACGAGGACGCACUACGGCGCAUCAACGAGUUUGAGCGUCAAAUGGAGCACAAGUUUAAGGAAAACAAGCCUCCAGCCUCUACCGAGAAGACUUUCGACCAGAACGAAAAAGAAACGAGAUCAGAGUGGGUAGACGUUUUCGGGUACAGGCACACAACUGUCAAGCGCAAAACAUAUGAUGAUAACGGCAAAGAGACCAGCUCUUUCACUUCCACCACCAUCAGGCCAGCAGAGCAUAAUGGUGCAGAUGCCGUUGAUAAUAGCCACAGCAACACAGACGCUGUCAAUAAGAAGAACAAGGGCUGGUUCUGGUAG